AUGGUGAGCCCAAUUAACAACGUCGCCUUACUUGGAGCUGGCACAUUAGGGUCUCAUGUUCUCGAAGCGCUUGCCUCAAAUCCGUUAUUUUCUGUUUGGGUCGUGACCCGAGGAUCUGCAUCAACCAAAUAUCCUCCAAAUGUGAAGUUUCAGGAAACCGAUUAUUCCUACCAAUCGUUGGUAUCUAUUUUUAAGGAGAAUGCGAUUGACGCCGUGGUCAGCACCGUUCCACAUUACGCGCUUGAGGCGCAAGACCGGGCCAUCGAAGCUGCUGUGGCUGCGGGGGUAAAGCGCUUUGUUCCGUCUGAUUUUGGUACCAACACCUCUGACGAGAGAACACUCGACAUUGCUACAUUCCUCAGACCCAAAGCAGCUACUGUGGCAAAGCUCAGCUCUCUUGAAGGUAAAGGGCCCAAUGGAGAAUUCAGUUGGACAAGUGUCAUCACGGGGCCAUUUUUCGAGCUUGGUAUCAAGACUGAGUUCCUGGGGCUCAAUCUCGCUGAAAAGAGUGCCGUCCUGUACGACGGAGGCAACACCGCGUUUUCCGUGACGACGCUCUCUCAGAUCGGUAAAGCCGUGUCUGACAUACUAUCCAAACCAUUGGAGUCCGUAAACAGAUAUGUAUUUACCGCCACUGCCAAAAUUACGCAGCGCAAUCUCCUUAAUAUCUUAGAGAAGGAGACAGGGGUUGAGUGGACUGUCACUGAACGGACAACCCAGGAGCUUCUCACGGAGGGAAAGGAGAAGGUUUCGAAGGGUGAUCUGACAGGAUACUUUAACUUUCUUUUUUACUGCAUCUUUCAGGGUGAUAAUACUGGAAAUCUGUGGGAUGGUACACCUGGACUCACCGAUCAGGAAUCCCCGGAGAGCGUGGUCAAGAGAGUGCUUGCUGAAUUAAGCUAA